AUGACAUCCACACCUGUAUUCUCUAUAAAAGACAACGAGGGAGUGGAGACUCACAUCACUCACUUUGUAGAGAGGUUUAAUGAAAUCUUGAAGACGAUCCGUAGCAGCGUAGCAUCUGACGAACAGAGACGUGCUCUCAGAAACGUCCAGAAUUGUACAAAAGUUUCCUCGGAAUUUGAAGACCAUCAAGCUCCAAACAGAGCCCUGAACCACAGCACCAAGGAGACCAGAAAGAAAGAUCAUAAAAUUAAGUCUGCCAACAGCAUGAAGGAAAUGGAUAAGGAUCAACAAAGUCUUCAGGAACAAUUAGGAAAUUCUUGUCCAAAAAAGCCUGCUAGAUUUGUGUCUGAAGACUUUAGGAAACAGCACAGUGAUGACAUCGAGGCUUUAGCUUGGAGUAUUUUUUCUAAUAGUAAAGAAAAUAAAGUAUCCAUAAUAAAAUAUAAAGAUAAGUUUCCAGAUAUGUACAAGCAUAUCAUUAUACAUGAUUUACAAUUAGAAUGGGGGGGUAAAGACUACAUCUGGAAAGAAUUUAAUUUACUUUCCCAAGAGGAUGAUAUUAAUUGUGUUUUAGACAACUGCUAUAUACUUCAGAGUAGUGACGACAUCCGGAAUUUGAUCACACACUACGCAAGGGUUGGUGAAAAGGAUCCCAAAUACAUCAUGAUAAACCGCUGGAUUUAUAAACUGUAUCCAAAUAAAUUUUAUGUAUUUCUUGUAGGAAAACAGCUCAUUAGAACAGAAAAUGCAGAUGAAAUAAGAUCAGUUAUUGAAGAUCAGUGCAAGAAGUACAGAUACGAAGACAUGCGUGAAGGAAUCAGGAGCUGUAAAGAGAAUAAUAAGGAUUUGAAUGAUGUGUAUGUUGAGUAUGCUCACUACGCCAGAGAUACUUUACAGGGCAUCUAUACACACGGACAUUUAGAUCCCUGUAAAGAAGCUUGGUUUACUACAUACUUUAUAGCAACAAUGAUUUCAGAGUCUAUAAGAAACUUUAGGUCCUUUAUCACCACACUAAUGACUUUAGAUUUGAGUCUCAGCGAAAAUCCUGAAUUUCUUUUAGAGAAGCUUCCAAUGGCGAGAGGGGGAAGCUGGAUAAACUCAGAUAAACGGGGAUUUUAUGGGGCAAGCACUCCAGUCCAUGGGAAAAAAACAAGACUUAAAAAGCUAAUAGAGGAUGAAGAAGAAAUCUUUAAAAAAUGGAUUUUACACAGAAAUAAAUCAGAGAUUGGUGCCGCAAUGAUUAUCUGUCUCCUCGAGUUGGUGUACGGUAAACUCAGACUCCGUACUGAUCCUUCACUUCUAGAAACCUGCAUCACAAAUUAUGUACAUUUUAAAAAGGAAAUAAAAUCUAAAAUUUCCCCUGAAAUACUGAGAGGGUCACAUGGUAGACAGAUUUCUCUACAGAAUAUGAAUUUAAGUUUAUCAUCUUUAAUCACUCAUUACCCCCAUGGAUCCUUCUUUAUGUCAGUCAUGUGCAAUUAUUCAUCAGAAAACAUUCAGAAUCUAAAUUUGUAUUUAUACGGUUAUGAUUUGGACUGGUGUGGGGACGAGAGCCACUCACCUCUGAAGACAUCAGUCCAGACAUCCAACUCCAACGUCUCUAUAAACCCAGAUGUUCUGUCCUCAGUAAACAUGUGGAUUCUGUUUCACCAACACUUCAGUACAGACCCUGUAGAUUUCAGCUCAGGUCUUUGGAAGAAGAACAGAACACUUCACUUUACAAACCUGCUGAAGGCUGAAGCGUUAAUCUGUUUACAUUUAAAUUCUUUCUUCUCUAAAUUUAUCCAAAUGAAAGUCCACGUCUAUAUAGACUCUGUAAAACAGCAGCACCUAAGUUUCCUCUUUCUCCCAUCAGAAAGUCUCUUAGAAAAAUUACUGAAGAGUCCACACAGAUUCUUUAUAUCUAAUGCAACACAUAAAAUAACACACAGUCACACAUCACUGAACACUGGGAGCAGCAAAAAAUUACAUUUUUAUACAACAGCGGAGGAUAAGAGAUUCAAUUCCACAAUUACACAUCUGUGUUUAAGUCCAGCAACACAAUUUCACGGAGCUCAACUGCUGUCUGACAACCAGCAGCUAAAAUAUGGCAACCUGUAUGGAAAAGAAGCCUUUAUAUUCUGUAUCAAUGCGAUUCAAACCUGUAUGGGAAUAGAAAUUUUUACAUUCAAUUAAUUAAAUAUUAAAAGGACGGAUUGAG